CUGUGCGGAUUUGGCGCGCUUCCUUUUCCUGUCAGGCCUGUCGGUGGUCGCGUCAUUAUGCCAAAGCGCUCCUAUCCUUUCGAUUGCCUGGCCCCGCCGCAGCUGAAGACCCACAUCGGGCAGAAGGAGCUGAGUCAGGGCGUGUGCGGGGACGGCCUGAAGCGGGAGAUCUUCGAGAGAACGAAGAAGCUGUUAUUCAGCGGAGCAAAAGCUAUUAUGGGGAACCAGCCACACCAAAACAAGACUAAUGCAGAAAUGGAUAGUCCUGUGCCUGAGCUACUGACCGGACAAACUACAAUCGGACAAGACGGAAAGCUGCACAGAGCAUCUCAGACACCAGCAGUGCCCGCUGGAGCCUCAAAGGCGUGCUCGACCUGUGUGCGAUCAGUUGGUGACAAAGAAGCCUGCAAACUGUGUGACCAAAACAUCUGCAGAAAUUGCAGUAAAUCUUGCAGUUGCUGUUCUGCAGUAAUUUGCUCCUUCUGCACAGUUCCUGUUGAUGGUGACCUCGGUGAGCAAGUAUUCUGCACGACAUGCUCUGUAUAUGAAGCGUAGACAAGGGAUUUAAUCCUGCAUCCUCGUACAUGUUGCCUCUGUU